AUGCUUACCUUCUAAAUAUAAUUUCCUUUGGCUUUUGGUGAAGCUGUAUAUGUUUGUGGUAAUAGUAAGGAAUUGGGUCAUUGGAAUCCUAUGUAAGCUUUAAGAAUGCAAUGGAGUGAAGUAAGUAUCAUUAAUAUUAAUAAAUAAAAGGGAGACAUAUGGAAAUCAACAUUAGAAAUAAAUAUUAUUGAUUAAGAGUUUUAAGAUAUUGAAUACAAAUAUUUCUUUGGCGAAUUUGAUAGACCUUAAAAUAUUGAAUGGGAAAUGGGACCUAAUCGAAUAGUAAGAACAAAUGAAAAUACUAGUAUAUUUUAAUUUAUAUAUGUUAGUUAUUACUGAUAUUUGGAAUCACAGGAAGAUUUUAUUUUAGUGCUACAAUCCUAAUAAAUAUCCAAUAUUUGUUUCUGGAUCAUGUUAUGAUCUCGGAAUAUUCUAAAGAAGAGUCAGCAUGAAAUAAAAAGAAGAUAUAUCUUAUAUAAGAAUACUUGUAAAUAUUCUGGAAGAAAGAGAAAUUAGUUAUUAAUUCCAUUAUAUUAAAAAGAGGCAUUAUACUAGUCCUCUUUAUUAAUUGAAUCUUAAUAAUACAAGUAAGUUAAUAAUAAAAUAACCAAUUAGAUGAUUAUUACAAAAAUUAUAUAGUAGUCUUCUGUGAAGGAUUAAUUCAAAUCAAGAGAUCUAUAUAUCAAUUAGAUAAUCAUAUUUGUUAUGGUUAUGUUCCUGCUGAUUAAGAUGACUUCAAUUCUCUUAAAAAGGCCAAUUUAAGCACCAUCAUUGAAUUCUAGAACUCUCUAUAAUAAUAUAGUCAUUCUAUCAAAAAGUAUGAUGACUUUACUUACUAUAUUGUUAACAUUUGUAUCAAUCAGAAUUUUAUUAACUAUUUUUAAAGACUCUACUAGUUUAUUCAAGUAUAAAUUCAAAAAUAUAAUGUAAAUUAUUAUACAAAUCUUUUUAUAGUUAAUUUAUAUCUGCAACAACUCAAUGAAGCAUCUUAGAAAAUAUUUACAAUUGUAUUAGAGAUUAAUCAUUUUACAAUGA